UCAUAAGAGUAACUAUGAUGUGCACCUUGACUGGUUACAUCCAGUUUUAGCAACUGAAUGUCCAUUAUUAAUAUUGAAUAUUAGGAUAACACUCUAUGGUAACAUUGGAGAAUUUAAUUUAAAUGGUUAAAUGGAUAUUUAGCUGAAAUCUGACAUCCAGUCCUGCCACACUAUGACUGCCUCCCUCAUCAAAAGCAAUUUACAUGCAGCAAAUGCUUAAGCCUUUUAUGGACCUUGGUCUGCAAUAAAGGGGCCAGUUUAAUGGGCAAGUGCCGGGACACACCACAGAUCCUGCUGCUAUGGAUACAAAAGGGGCCGUCCCAGUAACUGAAAAGGGCAGGACCUGGGCGGGGAGGUGCAGGAAAAAGUGAACCACUCAUAUUCGAAAACAGGGACGGAGGAGCAGCAGUGCUGAGAGGACAGUAAGUGGCCUUCUCUGGGAAGAGGAAGUGAGUCUGUGUCACCCAUGCAUGUGUGUGUGGGUGUUUCGGAGAAAGAGGAACGGGGCAGUUUGAUUGGGUCAGCACACAGGAAGUGAUCUCAACAGCUUGCUCCCAGGGUAGCCGGUGGCUGUAGCUCAACUUCUAGACACCAGAUGGAAAGUUCUCCCAAAGAGGCCCCCGGCAGCUGUGGAGGGUCGUAUCACAUGCCAUUCCUGAGUCGUCAGGCCAGGGCCGAAGGCGGCAUUGAUGGGCCAUGGGGCUUCCCAGAGGAAGUCUCGUACCACGACCGCUCAGGCUGAAGAUCAGCAGGAGGAGAGUCGGGCUGGUCAUCCUCUUCUGGUUCGGGUCAUGGUUGCUGCUCAACGGGCUGCUCUUCGUCCACAAGACCUUGCUGUCCGACAUCUGCACAGAUGACCGGAGUCGCAGGAUCCUCCAGAGACUGUGUGAGGAGUACAGGCGGGGUGUCCUGACGGGCGACCUCUGCCACGACCUCUGCGUCAGCCGUACCCUGGAGUACGAGCGCUGCCUUUACUACGAGAGCGGCAAGAAGGUGAUGAAAGCUGACUGGCGGGGCGUGCCCGUCGUGCUCAAGUCCAAGCUGGAGAACUUCUACUCCUACGAGAACUUCAGCUUGCUGGAGUACCAGGACGCUCCAGAACUUUUACCCAUGGACAUAGUUCUCUACGCCACGCUCGAGAUGAAGAACUCCCUUGGUCUGGAGGUGAAAAGCAGCAUUGUUCCCCAGCUGUGGGCCCACCGCCUCAGGGGGAGUCAGCAGAAGGUCACCCGGGCUGAGCUGGCCUCCCUCUGGUCUCUCCUGCAGCAGGAGGAGUACACCUUCUUCAGGGUGCUCCAGGAUCUCAGCCAGCAUGUGGUGAAGGUUCUGGGCUCGUGCGGCCAUUUCUAUGCUGUGGAGUACCUCAUCGCCGGCCAGGCCAGGAUGCAGCAUCUCUUUGCCCUUGAGGAGCUUCUGGAGAUUCCCUGGAGGAGGGAGGGGGCCUCAGGCAGACGCAUGGUGCUCCACAUCGCCCUCAGCUUCAUGCACAUGAUCAGGCAUUUCGAGGACGACUUCACCCAUCGCCUCCACCUCUGUGACGUGAAGCCAGAGAACUUCGCAGUCCGUAAGGACCUCACGGUCGUGGCCAUCGAUGCAGACCUGGCUUUUUUCGAGCCCAAGAUGCGAGCCAUUCUGGAGCAGAAUUGCACCAGCAACGAGGACUGUGCCUUCUUCGACUGCAGCUCAAGGUGUGACGUGAGGAGACACAGAUGUGGCUCAGAGCGCAUAAACAGCAACCUUCAGGUGAUAUGUGACAAGAUAUUUAGGUACUGGUUCCCCACCACGUACCUGGACGGCAGGGCAGGGCACCCCCUGGAGGUGAAGCUGAGACAUACCGUCCAGGAGUGUGCCAUGGGGGCAGGAGGUCGGGCUGUCCAGGAGCGCCUGCUGAGGCUCCUCACCCAGCUCCUGCAGGACAGCCCGGGGACACCGGCGGACGUGGAGCGACACCAAGCAAACGGCGGCCGAAUAAACAGGCCCGAUGCGGGCUUCUGGUAGCAGGAAAAUGCUGAACAGGAGUGACCCCUGAAAAGACUGAAUUUUAUGCAUUUUCUCUUAUUAUUUUAAGUGAAAGGUGAUUUGCAUUUAUUACACAAAAACUACCAAAAAUUAAUAUUCAUAAUAUCAUGACUUAUUCCAAUCUCUAAUUUUAUUAACAAAAAAAAACUACUUUUACCGAUAA